GCCCGCCCCUCUCCCCACUCCUUAGGCCCCACCUCCGCUCACGCGCUGCUUUCAGCCCCCUCCCAGUGUUUCAAAGGCACUCUAGAGGACGACCCCGGCCAAACCGAGAAUCUCAGCUCUAGCAUCGUGAGACCUAGAGCCGUCUACUUGGAGCCUUCGGGAGACGGGGAGCUCACUACCUGUCGGGCUGCUGGUUUGCCGCCAUGGCUGUCCAAGUGGGCCGUCUCUGCCACAUCUCCUUGCACGUGCCCCGCGGCCAGCCCCUGGCCCGGGACUUGCAGCGUUGCUUCGGCUUCCGGCCCGUGGCCGUGCGGGAGUCCGGCGGCUGGCGCCAGCUGGCCCUGUGCAGCGGGGAUGCCGUGUUCCUGGUGAAUGAGGGCGCGCCGGGCACUGGGGGCAGCCGCGAGGGGCCCCUCUACGACUUGGACCCCGCGCACGCCGUGCCCACCGCCUCCAACGUGUGCUUCGAGGUGGCCGACGUGCGGGGCGCCGUCGGGGCGCUGCGGGAGCUCGGCUGCCCAGUGGCUGUGCAGCCCCAGGCCGUGGCCGACGCCCAGGGCACAGUCACCUACGCCGUGGUGCGCUCCCCAGUCGGUAACCUGAGCCACACCCUGCUGGAGCGGGGCGCUUACCGGGGGCCCUUCCUGCCGGGCUUCCAAGAAUGCGGCCGCCCGGACGGCGACGGCGACGGCCACAGCCAAGGUAGUUGGUUCAGCCACGUGGACCACGUAGCGCUGGCCUGCCCUCGGGGCAGCUCGGGCGCGUGGCUGCGCUGGUACCAGGAGUGCUUGGGCUACCGACGCUUCACCCUGAGCCCGGCCGAUGACCACCCUGAGCAGGGCUUGGAGAUCCGGGCUGGCCCGGCCGGGGGCCUCCGUCUGGCUGCCCUGCGGGCGCCCCCGGGCAGUGUGGCUCCUAUGCUGGUGCUGAGCGAAUCGUUGCCAGGCCUGCCGGUUGCCCAGGACCAGGUAGAGCACUUCCUGGCCCAGCACGGGGGCCCGGGCCUGCAGCAUGUGGGCCUCUACACUGGGGACAUCCUGGCGACAGCCCGUCGGGUGGCCCAGGCCAGCGGCAACCUGGUGGCCCCUCCUGCCACCUACUACCAGCAGGCUGGCAAAGUGGCCCAGAUCUUGGCUGCGGGCCAAGAGGUUGGGAGGCUGGCCGAGCUGGGCAUCCUGCUGGACAAGGAUGGAAGGCAAGGCCAGGGUACCAAUUACCUGCUGCAAGUUUUCACCAAGCCCCUGUUUUCCGAGGAGACCUUCUUCUUGGAGCUGAUCCAGAGGCAGGGAGCCACGGGCUUUGGCCAAGGCAACAUCCAGGCCUUGUGGGAGGCUCUGGAGGAGCACAUGGCCGCUUGCCAGCGGGCUGGGGAGCCCCGCUGAAGAAGAGAGCCUCCUCGACGGAGCUGGAUCCUGCUGCCCUGUCUUAUCUUCCGUGCCAGCCUUGGCUACAUUGGAACCCUCCUGGUGCAGAAGCCCAGCCCCCUCUCAGUGGUGUGUGGACACAGCCUUACCCACCUCUACUUGGAGGGGCCUGAGAGUCAAGGACCUGGUUCAGUCCUGUCUUCCUCCCACCCCCAGCCCCCGUCUGCCCUAUCCAAGGGCACUAGCUGAGUCUGUCUUUCCAACUUGAAACCCUCCUGGCAUCCUAACGAAUCGAGAUGGUUCACAUCUGAAUUUCUACUGGAAAGAGGUCCCAGGGCUUCUUCCUCAGUGACCUUGGACUUGAUCCUUCCCAGCUAUGGGUCCUUGUUUUCUCCUCUGGGAUAAAAGCUCCCUCAGGUCCUUCACCUUAAAUCCAGUGACCCCCUGACCUUAGCCCCACUGUCCCUGGCAAGUGCCUAGCCUGAGGUUGUACAGGAGCCUUCACCUUGACCAGGUGUAGUAAGAUUGGCACAGAUGCUAGUGCCUAGGAAGCUGCCAGGAGCCAGGCACCUGCCCAAGAGCCGCCCCUAAGUUAUAAGGGUGGGGGGCAGAAGGGAGGAGCCGCUCUGAACCUGAGGGGGAGAGCCCCUGGGAUCUGGGUGAGACAUUCUUGGGGGUGGGAAAGGGGGUCUCGCCGC